AAUACUUGAAAUGGCGCAGAAGCAAUCUCCCAGACACAAUCACGGUAACACACACAAGAACUGAGAGAGAGAAGAGAGAAGAAAAAAAAAAAGCAUUGACCGCCAUUAAAAACCACUUCCCUUUAUAUAUCACUCCCAAACACAUUCCCUUCAUUAUCUUUCUAUUUUCUCUUCUCUUUCUCUUUCUGCUUUUUUCUUUCUCUUCUUAACAGUCCAGAAAACUCUUCAGAACUUCAAAAUCAAGAAGCCCGAUUCUAUUUCCCUGCACUUCCUGUCCGGUUCGGUCCGGUUUAAUUGGAUCAUGGAACAAACCAUGCUUGAAGCCAUUCAGUUCAACGAGGAAAUCCAAGGCAUCAUAGCUCCGGCGCCGGAAACCGCCAGUUCCUUCACUGCGCUGCUCGAACUCCCGCCGACGCAGGCCGUCGAGCUCCUCCAUUCGCCGGAGCGAGCCGGGAAACCACCGCGCCAUAAUCCAAAACCCUAUCCGUUGACCUCAUUUGCUUCCGCCUCCGCUUCGUCCGCCAACCUGACCUUCCCGUCAAACGCAGCGCUGAUUGAACGCGCUGCCAGGCUCUCUGUCUUCGCCGGAGAGAAUUCUAACUCAAACUCCAACUCGAACUCGACGGAGAUUAAGCGAGAGCUGCCGGAGACCGAUUCCAACCCGAGUUCAACUCAGGGCGGCGGCUCUGCCUCCGAUCCCACCCUGGAGAACAAGGACGAGAAGGGCCUGAAGAGGAAGGAGCGAGAGAAGAAGGUGAAGGCAUCUUCGAAGAAGAGCAAGAGUGUAGUCCCAGACGAUAGUUCCUGCGACGGCCAGAAACUUCCGUACGUUCACGUUCGAGUUCGUCGAGGUCAAGCCACUGAUAGCCAUAGCUUAGCAGAAAGGGCUAGGAGAGAGAAGAUAAAUGCUCGGAUGAAGCUUUUGCAAGAGCUGGUCCCGGGUUGCAAUAAGAUAUCAGGUACAGCAUUGGUUCUGGAUAAAAUCAUCAACCAUGUGCAAUCUCUACAACAUGAAGUGGAGAUAUUAUCAAUGAAACUGGCAGCAGUGAACCCAGUAAUUGAUUUCAACCUUGACAGCUUAUUGGCUACCGAAGGAGUCUCUCCAAUGGACUGUAACUUCCCUCCCACAGUUGCACCCGUCGUCUGGCCAGAAAUCCCGCAGAAUGCAAACAGACAACAAUAUCAGCAACCGUGGCAGUUCGAUGCAUUCCACCACCAGCCCAUUUGGGGCAGGGAAGAAGACAACACGAAUUUUAUGACUCCAGAAAACUCACUCUUGAGUUAUGACUCAUCGGCUAAUUCAGGCGCAAAUGAGUUGGGAAACCAUACAAGGAACAAUUAAGUACUCUAUUUCAUGGUACGAGGCCUUGAUUGAGCACUCUAGUGGCAGUAUCUCUGCAUUCAAAUCAGUUGAAGAUGGAGCUCUGAAGGGGUAUAGAGGUGGUGGCACCAGUAGCAAUUAGUGUAUAUAAAAAAUAUAGUAUUAGCAAUUAGCCGUGAUUUGAGCAGCCUCAACAUUCAGCAGGGUUUCCUUGUCUUCUAUUUUGUCAGAGUCAGUUGGAAACCUGGAAUUUAUUCAGCCAGCAAGGAAGAAGAAUUGUUAAUCUAUUUUUAUAAAAUAUAUUAGUAUCACUAUUUAUACUAACUACAGGGGUCAUUCAAUCUAUGAAGUGAUUGAUUGAUUCAGAUUGUAAAAUCAUUGACUCGACUAUUAGUGAACUAUCAUGGAAGUUUGUUGCUAUGUUCAUUGAAUGCUACUUGAUGGUUUGGUUCUUUUUCA